UAGUUCAUCUAUUCGAUCAGUAAAAGUGAUUGAAGAAAAUAGCAAAUAUAGCUUUGGAAGGGGAAGUUUUAUGCUUUGGAAAAAAUGAAAUGCAUAUUUUUCUGCUAGUUGAUGGUUUCCAAUUCUUCUAAGCUACUAAUGAUGCGGACUCUGGGCCCAGUACUACCCCGUAAUUUUCUUGUCUAUUAUAUUGACACAUUUCAUUUCAUUUAGCGUGAUGGCAAACAGCUGUUGAACUAUUAAUCUUUUCUCAGCAAAACUAGAAAAAUGUCUUUUAGAUUACUUUGUUAAUGUAUACCUUCUCCAAAAACGAAAAUCAACAGCAGUAAAUGAAUCAGUGCUCAAACGUGCAUGUGCACCAAAAUUUAUGGACCUUCAAAAUGGAAAAAGAUAGAGAUUAUAUACCACUGCCAGUUUUUUUAUGUGUAAGUAAAAAUUAAAUGUAGUCAGUUUCGUAUUGUUUUAGUAUUUUUAAGUUGGAGGGUAAGUUGUAGAAUUUUGUUGUUAAUUCUUCCCCCAGCACUCCUAGAGGGAAAAAAUGAUACUUGUAGAAUCUGAGGCUGAACCACCUUCUACUUUUGUUCAGUGUUCUCUUACACACUAUACUGUGUGGAUGCGUGAGCAGAAAAACAGGUCUAGUGUUUACCUGAAAAUGUUCUGCAGGUUCAAAUGCAGCACUGGAGAUAACUUUAUUCAAAGGAGGCAUUUUCAGCAGUUUUUUUUUUUUUUAAAUUAAAUUUUAAUGAGGUCCAGUUGUUUGCCAGGCCUAUAUGAUAGCAAACCUCAUCUGCAUUGCAAAGUCUAAUACUAUAGGUCUGACUGCCAAACAUGCAAAAAUAGACACAGCUCAAUAGAUAAACAUAUAAAUUAGUUUACAGUGCAUGUAUUGGAGAACAUCUCAAGUAAAAAGGAGAGAGAAAAAGGCGUUCUUGCUUUGAAUUGAGUAGGACCUGCCAAAGUUCACUUGCUUUGCAUUUAAGAUUUGAUGAGUGGUAGAGGUAGGAAUUUCUGGUGUGUGCUGUGUAUCUACUGAGCUUUUAUUUAUGUAGAGUGGGGCGCUGCAGAUCUUUGCUCUGCCUUGAGGACCUGACCAUCUUUGCUCUGUUUUUCUUUCUUAUCAUCGCUUGCCCUGAAAUAGACUUCUCACCACUGGAGAAACCAAUCUUGGGGACAUACAUCAGCAAUAAAGCACACGAUUUUCAUUUUCAAUUUGAAUUGUUUUGUGUAAAAACAAAAAGGUUUUUGGUCAGGCUGCAAAAUAGUAAUUUUAAGUCCCAGACCUAGGGUUUUCCCCCACCCAAAUGGUGAACAUUUAUGGUGAAAACCUCCAAUUUCCUCUUACAGUAAACAUGAAAAUUAUGAUUUCACUCAGAGCCUGCGUCUUUUUCCAAUCUUAAUGGCAAGAAUCUGCAUACACUUGCUUGUGGAAAUGUCAUAAAUUGGCCUCGGAUCAAUUCCUCAAAGAUAGUACACACCAAAGUGCCACUUUCAAAUUUUUAGCCCUAGUGAAAUAAGAUUUUACUCUUCCCAAUGAUGUUUGCCUUUCCACAUUCAGGGCUGACGGCAGAGGGAUAAGCAGGGAUAUAUUCCUAUAAAAUUAAACCACUUCAUUACAUAUUAUUCUGUAGAGUGAGCAAAAAGAUAUUAACAUUUUAGUACAGUGAUGAUAUGAUUUUGCUUAAAAAUUAUAUGAGCAUUUGGUCAAUGGUUGUGGAAUGCAUCUUCUACCCUCCUAGUAACUUGAUCUAAAUUAAUAAACAAAUGUUUUUCUUUUCACUUGUGCCAUAUGCUGAUCCCAGUUACAUGGGCAGAAAGAGGCAGCUUGUAAUGUUUCUUAGAGGAUUAACACUGUUUUGCAUAUGGUAGUAUGCAGAUGCAGGAGUAGAUGUGGGGUAAAAUGCAUUCCAUGGUUUCUUUGUGUUUUAGGAAGCUUGAUUUCAAUUGUUUAUUUCGUGUGACAUGAACCCUUUUUAUUUAACUUAGUAGAUCUGGUAGAUACAUGCUAAGAGAAAAACAUUCUGUGAACAGCUUUCACCAGCAAUUAACUCUCUGCCACUCCCCAAACUGAAAAUUGUGCUUUCAUUCAUCUUGAAAGGUCCAAAGUGGCAGAAAGCAUCUUGUCUACAAGAACUAACUCUCUUCCGAAAGGGAAAAAAAAUAAGCCUCUGCUUUAAUGAAAUAAGAGAUGUUGUGGAUGUUAACCAAACACAGACACGUUCAAGUGGCAGUCUGGUUUCCAAAAACAAAGGCCUGUGAGUCACAUAUUAUUCCACAUGAAAAUAAAUUGAUAGACAACAAGAUGAGAAAAAGUUGAUAAUAAAAUUUGAAAUGUUUCACCUUGACUUUUUCCCUCCAAGUUGAUUUUGUUGCUUGCAGAGCUCAAAGGCGUAUGGUCCAGAUAAGUAGAGGUUCUUGGGACUUGUUUUUAUUAACCCUGAAAGUCAUUUGCCAUUAAAUAGAAUUGAGUUCUUUUGUUGUUUUGCUCCCGUCUGUCCUUGGCAGAGGUGGUUGCUACUUCUCUUGACAUUCAGAUUUUGUUGUUCUCUUUUGUUUUCAGGGUAAGACGUGACCUUUUGAGGUGACUAUAACUGAAGAUUGCUUUACAGAAGCCAAAAAAAAGGUUUUUGAGUCAUGAUGCAAGAAUCUGGGACUGAGACAAAAAGUAACGGUUCAGCCAUCCAGAAUGGGUCCGGCGGCAGCAACCACUUAUUAGAGUGCGGCGGUCUUCGGGAGGGGCGGUCCAACGGAGAGACGCCGGCCGUGGACAUCGGGGCAGCCGACCUCGCCCACGCGCAGCAGCAGCAGCAACAGGCACUUCAGGUGGCAAGACAACUCCUUCUUCAGCAGCAACAGCAGCAGCAAGUUAGUGGAUUAAAAUCUCCCAAGAGGAAUGACAAACAACCAGCUCUUCAGGUUCCCGUGUCAGUGGCUAUGAUGACACCUCAAGUUAUCACUCCCCAGCAAAUGCAGCAGAUCCUCCAGCAACAAGUGCUGAGCCCUCAGCAGCUCCAGGUUCUCCUCCAGCAGCAGCAGGCCCUCAUGCUUCAACAGCAGCAGCUUCAAGAGUUUUAUAAAAAACAACAGGAACAGUUGCAGCUUCAACUUUUACAACAACAACAUGCUGGAAAACAGCCUAAAGAGCAACAGCAGGUGGCUACCCAGCAGUUGGCUUUUCAGCAGCAGCUUUUACAGAUGCAGCAGUUACAGCAGCAGCACCUCCUGUCUUUGCAGCGCCAAGGCCUUCUGACAAUUCAGCCCGGGCAGCCUGCCCUUCCCCUUCAACCUCUUGCUCAAGGCAUGAUUCCAACAGAACUGCAGCAGCUCUGGAAAGAAGUAACCAGUGCUCAUACUGCAGAAGAAACCACAGGCAACAAUCACAGCAGUUUGGAUCUGACCACGACAUGUGUGUCCUCCUCUGCACCUUCCAAGACCUCUUUAAUAAUGAACCCACAUGCCUCUACCAACGGACAGCUCUCAGUCCACACUCCCAAAAGGGAAAGUUUGUCCCAUGAGGAGCACCCCCAUAGCCAUCCUCUCUAUGGACAUGGUGUGUGCAAGUGGCCAGGCUGUGAAGCAGUGUGCGAAGAUUUCCAAUCAUUUCUAAAACAUCUCAACAGUGAGCAUGCGCUGGACGAUAGAAGUACAGCCCAAUGUAGAGUACAAAUGCAGGUUGUACAGCAGUUAGAGCUACAGCUUGCAAAAGACAAAGAGCGCCUGCAAGCCAUGAUGACCCACCUGCAUGUGAAGUCUACAGAACCCAAAGCCGCCCCUCAGCCCCUGAAUCUGGUAUCAAGUGUCACUCUCUCCAAGUCCGCAUCAGAGGCUUCUCCACAGAGCUUACCUCAUACUCCAACGACCCCAACGGCCCCGCUGACUCCCGUCACCCAAGGCCCCUCUGUCAUCACCACCACCAGCAUGCACACGGUGGGACCCAUCCGCAGGCGGUACUCAGACAAAUAUAAUGUGCCCAUUUCUUCAGCAGAUAUUGCGCAGAACCAAGAAUUUUAUAAGAACGCAGAAGUUAGACCACCAUUUACAUAUGCAUCUUUAAUUAGGCAGGCCAUUCUCGAAUCUCCAGAAAAGCAGCUAACACUAAAUGAAAUCUAUAACUGGUUCACACGAAUGUUUGCUUACUUCCGACGCAACGCGGCCACGUGGAAGGGUGCCAUUCGCACCAACCUCUCACUGCAUAAGUGCUUUAUCAGAGUAGAGGAUGAGUUUGGGUCCUUUUGGACAGUUGAUGAUGAAGAGUUUAAACGUGGCCGCCAUAUUCAACGAGGCCGUCCUCGCAAAUACUGCCCCGAUGAAAACUUUGACGAGCUUGUCGCACAUAACCCUUCCCUUAUUAAAAACAUGCAGAGCAGCCACGCCUACUGCACACCUCUCAAUGCAGCUUUACAGGCUUCAAUGGCUGAGAAUAGUAUACCUCUAUACACUACCGCUUCCAUGGGAAAUCCCACUCUGGGCAACUUAGCCAGCGCAAUACGGGAAGAGCUGAACGGGGCAAUGGAGCAUACCAACAGCAACGAGAGUGACAGCAGUCCAGGCAGAUCUCCUAUGCAAGCCGUGCAUCCUGUACACGUCAAAGAAGAGCCACUCGACCCAGAGGAAGCUGAAGGGCCUCUGUCCUUAGUGACAACAGCCAACCACAGUCCAGAUUUUGACCAUGACAGAGAUUACGAAGACGAACCAGUAAAUGAGGACAUGGAGUGAAUAUCGGGGUGGGCCAACCUCGAGAAUGAAGAUUGGGAAAAGGAAAAAAAAAAAAAAAAACACACACACACAC